AUGCCUUCCACCAACGGUGUUCACCCCUCGGCCGAGGUCGCUGACCACACCAAGGCCCUCGAGCUCCUCGCCGAGUACAAGAGCCGUGAUGGUCUCGGCAUCGAGGACCUGAUGGACACCAAGCUCCACGGCGGCCUCACCUACAAUGACUUCCUGCUGCUGCCGGGCUACAUCGGCUUCCCCGCCUCCGAUGUCUCCCUCGAGUCUCCCGUCACCAAGAGGAUCUCGCUCAAGACCCCCUUCGUCUCGUCCCCCAUGGACACCGUCACUGAGCACGAGAUGGCCAUCCACAUGGCCCUGCAGGGCGGCCUGGGCGUCAUCCACCACAACUGCUCCCCCGACGAGCAGGCCGACAUGGUCGCCAAGGUCAAGAGAUACGAGAACGGCUUCAUUGUCGACCCCGUCGUCAUCUCCCGCCAGACCACCGUCGGAGAGGCCAGAGCCCUGAAGGAGAAAUGGGGCUUUGGUGGUUUCCCCGUCACUGAGUCCGGCAAACUCGGCUCCAAGCUGCUGGGUAUUGUCACGAACCGGGAUAUCCAGUUCGAGGACGACGAUAGCAAGUCCGUCGAGGAGGUCAUGGUCACCGACCUCGUCACCGCCUCGCACGGCGUCGAUCUGUUCGAGGCCAACAGCAUCCUCGCCAAGUCCAAGAAGGGCAAGCUCCCCAUCGUCGACAAGAGCUUCAACCUGGUUUCCAUGAUCUCGCGCUCCGAUCUGACCAAGAACCACAACUACCCCCUGGCCUCCAAGCUGCCCGACUCCAAGCAGCUGAUCGUCGCCGCCGCCAUCGGCACCCGACCCGAGGACAAGCUUCGUCUCAAGAAGCUUGUCGACGCCGGCCUCGACAUCGUCAUCCUCGACAGCAGCCAGGGUAACUCCAUGUACCAGAUUGACAUGAUCAAGUGGAUCAAGCAGGAGUUCCCUGGUCUCGAUGUCAUUGGCGGAAACGUCGUGACACGAGAGCAGGCAGCCAGCCUCAUCGCCGCUGGCGUCGACGGCCUCCGUAUCGGUAUGGGCAGCGGAAGCGCCUGUAUCACCCAGGAGGUCAUGGCUGUCGGCCGUCCCCAGGCUGCUGCCGUGCACUCCGUCUCCUCCUUUGCCGCUCGAUUCGGCGUUCCCUGCAUCGCCGAUGGCGGUAUCCAGAACGUCGGUCACAUCGUCAAGGGUCUUGCUCUUGGCGCUACUACCAUCAUGAUGGGUGGCCUUCUGGCUGGUACUACCGAGUCGCCCGGAAGCCUGACCUCAUUCGUCACCCGCGACGGCAAGCUCGUCCAGACCAAGGCCUACCGUGGCAUGGGCAGCAUCGAUGCCAUGCAAGACAAGAAGGCCGGCUCGGGCGGCAAGAACAGCCAGGCCAGCAACGCCGGUACUGCUCGCUACUUCUCCGAGGGUGACAGCGUGCUCGUUGCCCAGGGUGUCGCUGGUACUGUUGCUCACCGUGGCUCGGUCAGCAAGUUCGUGCCCUACCUUGCUGCCGGCGUCAAGCACUCGAUGCAGGACGCCGGUAUCCAGAGCCUGGCCCAGCUGCACGAGAAGGUCGCCGAUGGCACCGUGCGCUUCGAGAUCCGAACUGCCAGUGCCCAGCUCGAGGGUGGUGUGAACAUGGAGAGCUACGAGAAGAAGCUCUACGCCUAA